AUGUUCAAACACUCAUCCUUCAUAGAUGUUUUAACAUCGAAUACAAACAAAUUAAGUCUAUAUCCAAUACGAACGCUCAGAACUCAAACUAAUUUAGGUUCAUUAUCACCCAAUGAAGGAUCAACACAAGGUUAUAAAAGAUUAGGUAGAGGACCAUCAUCAAAUAAAGGUAAAACAUCAGGAAGAGGUCAAAAAGGUCAAAAAGCAAGAGGUAAAGUUCCAAUAUGGAUGGAAGGUGGUCAAACUCCAUAUUUUAAACAAAUGCCAAUGGUUGGAUUUAAAAAUCAUCAUAAUGCUAAACAAUUUCAUGAAUUAAAUUUAAGUAAAAUUCAAGAUUUUUGGGAAAAUAAUAGAAUUCCUUUACAAAGAGGUGAAACAUUAACAAUAAAGAUUAUGAAAGAUUGUGGACUUAUAACAGGUACUUUAAAAGAUGGUGUAAAAAUUUUAGGAAAUAAUUUAUUAAAUAAAAAAUAUAAUGUACCAUUAAAUAUUGAAGCAUCAAAAGCUACUGAACAAGCAAUUAUCAAAAUUGAAAAAGAUGCAAAAAUGUCAUUUACUGCAAGAUAUUUUUCAAAAUUAGGUUUAAGAGCUUUUGUAAAUCCUUCGUAUUUUUUAUUAAGAAAAGGUUAUGUACCAUUACAAGCAAGACCAAUAAGUCAAAAAGAUAUCACAUUUUAUUCUAAUCAGAAAAAUAGAGGAUAUUUAGAAAAAGAUUCAUCAAUAUUAUUAGAUCACCUAGCAAAAGCAAAAGAGGAAUUAAAAACAACAAAGCCUAAAAAGAAAUCUACAUCAAAAUUCAAAUCAUUAACUGAACAAUUAAAAGAAGCAUCAUCAAUAAAUUUCAAACCUACAAAUAAUACAAUAAGUGUAAAAGAAUUAACAAUAUAA